AUGGACUACUUCGAGGUGUGCUGGUCCAUAUUCAGCACUAUUUGCUUGGUGAACGUCGUCUUUGGUAUCCUGGUCUGCGAAAUCACCACAUUCACUGUCUUGGCUGCUGUGCCUAUCUUUUCGUCUGCUGCGGGCGCCAUUGCCAACGGUCUUUGCUAUUAUGUGUACUACGAAAAGCACGCUGUUGUCAAUGAAGUAGUGGCAGCUGUCUUCUCCGAUUUCUUCUGGCUGCUGCAAGAAGCAAGUUUAUUGCUAUACAGCUACAUCAUCCUCCAACGAGUCCUUCGGCCUAAUCAAUGGCGAAUUUUCUCCAUCAUCUUCUGGGGUUUGAUGGUCUGCACCGCCAUCACUCGUGUUUUCAUCGCCAUUUACCGAGCCAAAUUUCUCAUUGAAGGCGUGCACGAAUUCGAGGUCAUCAUCAACUACCUGCACAUCGGCUACUUUACCUUUAUGGCCAUUUCGGAAUGCCUGAGCGCCUAUUUCCUUGUCGUCAUCUUCGCUUCCGCUACGUCAUCGAGCAUGAGCGCGGCACUUAAAGUCGGCCUUCUUCGUUAUCUCACACGCAGUACUGAGAUGCGCGUUGCUUUCCUAGCCUUGAUCGGCGUCGUUCGAACUAUUAUUCAUCCUUUCCAGACUCCAGGACAAAAGGCAGUCAAUAUUGCUAGUCAGCUUGAUCGUUUCCUCUACGCCCUCUUUUGUCUCUACCCGAUUGUCUUAUACUUCGAUACCCUGGCCUCCAAACUCCGAUUCAACGAGGAUAGAUCGAUAUACACGCACAGCGAUCAGCCAGGAAACCCUACACGUUAUGGGAUGAAUACAACUCAGACUCAGACUCGAUGUUAUACCACAAAGUCUAACUACGCAUCCAAGAUGUACGGCGGCGACGUUGGGCAGGAAGGAAACAACUCACAAGAACAAAUUGUUCCUCCAAAUGGUUCAACCCGUUCAGAGAUUUCCGAGGUUGAAUUGCAGGAUAUGGAUGUUGAGGGACUUGUCAUUAGAAAGACAACCGAGGUCACCGUCACAUAA